AUGCUUCGCCGCUACUCUGAAAGCAACAACUGUGGCCUCUUCCCGUCCCAAGUCUGGCGCUUCGACCACAUCGACGACCUCGUCGUCGUUGCUGCCGCCGUCGCCGCCACGCCGUCGCCGCCAUCGUCAGCCGCAGCGGUUACCGGCGGCGGCGGCGGCGCCACCACCACCACCAGCAAGCCCUCGCCUACCCCAGGCACCGCCAGCUCGGAGCGGAGGAGUCCUCGCAAGGCCAAGCCGACGC